GGUAGCAUUUAUGGAUACUUUGACAACAACAAUAGAUUUGGAUUCUAUCAGAACUUUUAAGGCACCCAAAUGUAAUGGAAAAGCUUCAAAAUGAGUUGGAACAAGUAGUUGACAAAAAUAGAAUGGUCGAAGAAUCAGACUUAGAAAUUUGGAGUAUUUAGAUAUGGUUAUAAAAGAAAGUAGUAGGUUACAUCCUGUUGCACCCUUGUUGAUUCCUCAUGAGUCGAUUGAAGAUUGUGAGGUUGAUGGUUUUCACAUACCUAAAGGAUCUCGAAUUUUAAUCAAUGUGUGGACGAUUGGAAGAGAUCCAGACAUUUGGGUUGAGCCAGAAAAGUUUAAACCUGAGAAGUUUCAAGAAAACAACAUUGAUCUUCGUGGAAGACAUUUUGAGCUUUUACCAUUUGGUUCAGGAAGAAGAAGUUGUCCGGGUUUGCAUCUAGGGCUCACCGCCGUUCAUUUGGUGCUAGCACAAUUGAUUCGUUGCUUUGAUUGGGAAUUGCCAAAUGGCAUGACCCCAAAGGAUAUUGACAUGACUAAGAAAUUUUGUUUAGUAACGACUAGAGUUCAACAUCUUAUGUUGAUACCUAAGUAUCGUCUGCAUAUAUAAUUUAUUCCAGCUAUUUUACCAUGUUAUUAUGGUCAAUAACUUGGAAUCGCCAUUUUUUAGCCAAAUUAGUCCAUCUCCAUCAUUAGUAUAUCUAAGGUUUCAGAGGUAAGUUGUUCAGCUGCUUCA